AUGUUCAGGAGAGUAGCAGCAGCAGUUCCCGCCCAGGCCGGCCGAGUGCUCGCAACCGCCGCCAGACCCAGCAUCGCCUCGCCCCUCCGCACAGCAGCACCCACAGUAUCAGCAGCCGGCAGGCGGCAAUACCACGAGAAAGAUAAGUCGCAUCUUUGCGCACUAACAUCCGCAGCACUGCUCGACCACUACAGCCGUCCCCGCAAUGUUGGCUCCAUGUCAAAGACCGACACGGACGUUGGUACCGGUCUUGUCGGCGCGCCCGCAUGUGGCGACGUCAUGAAGCUGCAGAUCCGCGUCGACCCCAACAACAACACCAUCAGCGACGUCAAGUUCAAGACAUUCGGCUGUGGUAGUGCGAUCGCAAGCUCGAGCUACCUGACAGAGCUUGUCCGGGGUAUGACAUUGGAGGAUGCCGCGAGGAUCAAAAACACCGAGAUUGCAAAGGAGUUGUGCCUGCCGCCUGUCAAGCUUCACUGUUCCAUGCUCGCAGAAGACGCAAUCAAGUCCGCCAUCUCGAAUUACUACACCAAGAACCCCAAUGCCCGUGCAACAGACCUCGGUGGCAAGUCUGCGCCGCUGCCCAAGGUCGAGGUUGAGACUGUCUCCGCUACCGCGUAGACAUGGGAUGAAGGAGACCCGAAAUUGAGAAUGAUAUUGAUACCAGGAGACGGGGGGAACAUGACGUGGAGAUGAAAUUUUGGAACGACUGGGACGUGGAGCUAUAUUGAAAACUCUACCUUGCGUGCUACCACCAUCACGCCUU